GCCGUCCAAUCUCUUCUUAAAAGCCUCCAGUGAUGGAACAUCCACAACUUUGUUCCUCUUUGUUUCUCUACCAAGAUGAAUCUGCGUUCUGUAUUUACUGCAGAACAACAGAGGAUAUUGCAGCGUUACUAUGAAAAUGGAAUGACAAAUCAGAGUAAAAAUUGCUUUCAGCUCAUAUUACAGUGUGCACAAGAAACUAAGCUGGACUUCAGUGUAGUCAGGACGUGGGUUGGAAACAAAAGAAGAAAGAUGAGCAGUAAGAACGCCGUGGAUUCUGGAGGAAGCCCAUCAGCCACGACCAGCAGCACAUUGACAAUGCCUCCGGAAGUGGCCGUUCAAAACGUGGUCAGCAUAGCCCGUUCCCAGAGCCAGCAGUCCUCGUGGACGUCCUCCAAUAACGACGUCAUUGUCACCGGCAUCUAUAACCCGGCUACUUCGUCUGGCAGACUGGUCUCCACCAAACAGACUAACUCCUUGAUGAGCGAUAUGCAUAAAAAUUCCCUGUCAAGGCCGGCCGGGAAGAGCGAUCCCGAAUUCCAGCGGCAACACAUCGCAGUGACCCGCCAAGCUCCCCAUUGUAAAAACGCGUCGCUUUUCCUGGGCGAGAAAACCAUCAUCCUCUCCAGGCAAACCAGCGUGCUGAAUUCAGGGAAUUCUAUUUACAACCACACGAAGAAAAGCUACGGCGGCUCGUCGGUUCAGACGGCGGAAUUAGUAUUACCUCAAAAGCCCGUCUUGUGCCACCGGCCGUACAAAGUGGACCAGGUGGGCUGCCAGCGGUUGCAAAAGCCAGAGCACCCCAUCCUCGCUUCUUCCGUGCCAUCCGGGCAGAGAUCUAACGUUAGAGACCCUUCCUGUAGCACCCACAAUUUGGAAAUCCGAGAGGUUUUUUCCUUGGCUGUUACUGACCAGUCUCUGGGAGGAAGUCGAGAGAAGGCCCUGUCAUCUUCCGGAGAAGGCAAUUGCCUGUCUAUCGCGAUGGAAACCGGGGAUGUGGACGAUGAAUACGCCAGAGAGGAAGAGUUGGCCUCCAUGGGCGCCCAGAUACAAAACUACUCUCGGCUAAGCGGCACGUCCCUCCGCGUCGAGAAUCCGGGAUCUGGUUUUUCUGGCUCAGGCAGGAGCAUGAGUUGCAAUUCGCACGUGCUGAACGCGAGGAACUUGCACAACAAUAUCUUGUAUCACAACAGAGACUAUCGUUUACCUCCACGGACUUCGUUGCACAGCACAUCCAGUACGCUCUAUAGCAAUCCCUAUCCAUCAAGAAGUAACCUUUCUUCUCAUUUUGCAGCAUCCAAUCAACUAAGGCUAUCUCAGAACCAAAAUAAUUAUCAGAUUUCAGGAAACCUUACUGUGCCUUGGAUUACUGGGUGCUCCAGGAAAAGAGCAUUACAGGACCGUACACAAUUCAGCGACCGAGAUUUAGCCACCCUUAAGAAAUACUGGGAUAAAGGCAUGACCAGCCUUGGAUCGGUUUGCAGAGAGAAAAUUGAAGCCGUUGCUGCAGAAUUAAAUGUUGACUGUGAAAUAGUAAGGACUUGGAUUGGAAAUAGGAGGCGGAAGUAUCGUUUGAUGGGCAUUGAAGUGCCUCCUCCACGAGGGGGGCCUGCCGUUUUUUCGAGUCAAUCUGAUUCCAGUGAUAAAUCGGUACCCAUUCCAGGCGAUGACCCCCUGACUGAUAUAGGAGAUGAUAAUGACAGGAAUGAUGAAGUGUCCAUCUGCUUAUCGGAAGGAAGCUCCCAAGAAGAACACAAUGAAAUUCUUCCAAAUGAAGGCAUUGGCCACAAAGAAGAGGACCAUGCUACUGUAUCUUCAGAUAAUGUGAAAAUAGAAAUAAUAGAUGAUGAAGAAAGCGAUAUGAUAAGCAAUUCUGAAGUGGAUCAAAUGAGCUCUCUUCUGGACUACAAAAACGAGGAAGUAAGGUUCGUUGAGAGUGAACUGGAGCAUCAAAAACAGAAGUAUUUCGAACUCCAGACUUUCACGAGAAGUUUGAUACUUGCUGUCAAAACAGACGAUAAAGAUCAGCAGCAGGCACUUCUAGCCGAUUUACCUCCAGAAUUGGAAGAGAUGGAUUUCAAUCAUACAUCUCCAGAACCCGACGAUACCUCAUUCAGCUUGUCAUCUUCAUCCGAAAAAAAUGCCUUGGACAGUUUGUAAUCUUUUUUUGACAAAGGAAAACCACACAGUAUAGCUUGUCUAACGUGUAUGUUUUGAACUGAUUACGUUGGGUUAACCAAUAUCCUUAAAUAUGAAGGAAGACAUAGAAUGGGAAGGCCUGUGAGGCCAAUUGUAUAUCGAGGGCAUUUUGAUAGUUUCUGCAGAUUCAGAGUUUUGCUGUUGACAAAUGUGAAAACUACUUGAAAGCUGCUUCUGGCAGCUCUCUCUUGAUGAUGGUACCUUCAUAAUAAUAUGAACUUAAUAAUAAACCCUUGACCUAAGGAGAGCACCGAAGAAUGGAAGAAUAGUAGUGAAUUCUGUUAAUAACUUCCUAAUGUUAAUCCGUCAGUCCUACAGUGUGAUAUUUUGCCUUUUCUUGUUCUUUUCUCCUUCUCAGGUAGAUGGACUGAUCACUGGAAAUUAUAGGUUUCAAGAGAUCAGUGGGGAUAAUUUGGGCCUUCAUUCAAAUGAUGAUCAUUCUAACCAGGGAUCAAACAAAGAAUUGUUGGUCUUUCUUUUUUCUUUUUUUUCUGUAUAUAGCAGCAAAUAUCUUCUCUUCAUUUUAGGAUGAUGAAAUAUUCUGGAAUAUUUUCAUUACUGAAAAAAGCAAAUCUAUUUAUCUUAGCUCUAAUAAAUUAUUUUGUGUAUAUCAGCAGGUGGAAAUUCCAAACAAGCAAGGAAAAACACUUGACUCUUUUAAGUGCACAAUUCAGAAAAUACAAUUUCCAGUUGCACAGCCUUCCCCUUUAGUAUACUGUAGAGAUUGGUAGUAAUAAUCCCCGUCAUGCUGCGAAGAUCCAGUAUAUAUCCAUGUCUGAAGGUCUGGCAGAUUUGAGGCUUACUUACAAGUGACUGGUCCAUGAGCCUCAUAUAAAAAAAAGAUGAAAAUGCGGAAAUUGUUUCUCAAGAGAAGAAGAAAAAAGCUUCAUACGUGGUGUGAGAAAUAUUGAUAAGAAUUCCCUCGAAGGGGAAAUAUAUUUCUGGACUUUUAAUGUGGAGCAAUUACUUAGUCCAUAUACUUAUUAAGAUAAUUGCUUUUUUUAAACAAACAAACCACCUAGCUAGCAAGCAAACACUAAUUUAUGGAUUAGCUCUGAAUAGGAUUUAGCAAAUGUACAACACAUUUAUGCAGCCAGGCUUAAAAGUUAUUUUGAUCGAUUUUGUUAAACAAUUAGUAGGCCGUGUAGACCUGAACUCAGUGAGAAAUACAUUGGAGUUUUCCAUCUUUGCUGUGUGCAUCAAAAUCCUCAGAAUAACCUUGAACAGUCCAAUGCAUAAUUUUCCUCUUUUUCAACUACUGCUGGAAACUUUAAGAUUAAUGUUUUUAAUCUUAAACAAUUUUUUUUUAGAAUUUUGAUCUAAAGUCAUGUAUGUUGUGUCUUAAAUAGGAUAAUGAAAAUGUUACUUACCAAUUUGUAUGCUUUGUUCUUUGGGAUAGUAUUUAACCAAUUGAUUAGGUGCUUGUCAAAUCCAUGUUGACUCCAAGCGACCAGGUAGAUAGGCUUUCUCCAGGCUAAGAGGUCCUUGGUGUGUGGCCUUGAAGGCCUUCUCAGUGCUUCAUUCACAAAAAUGUAAGAUAAAUAAGAGAUGCUCCAUUGACGCCCCAGAGCACAAACCUGGAAGACACUGGUUUUACAUAUAAUGGAAAUGUUGGCAAGAAAACUGCUGUGUAAGAAAAUUGUCCCCCCUCUUCUAAAGUCCCCUUGUAAGUUACUCUUAAAUUCCAGCUCACAGCUUCUUCAUCUUAGCUGCCACCGCCUCCCUGUCUCUUCCUUCCUUUGCAUUUUAUCUCUCUGCUGUCUUUCUAGUUGCUCUCCAAGAGUGAAAAAGCACAGGAGAGCAGGAUUGCAACUUUUAGCCUAAGAAGAUCUUGGCACAGAGGAAAAGGUUUUGCAAGUUCACAUCUCAUAGAGGAGAAAUUAAAAGGUUGUUUUUUCCCCCCUCCCCUGUCUAAUUUGCACCUCUGGGUGAAAGCGAAUGUACUUGACUAUGAGCAAUGAUGUAUUUCCUCUCAAGUAAAGAUAAAAAGGGUGGUGGGAUUGGCCACCGUUCCGCAUCAAAAUCCGAUGCCAAAGAAGGCUGUAUUCUUUUGGCCCACAUAAAUUAUGCAAAUUUAUUUGACACGGGAUAAUUAUGGCUUCUUCUUUUUUAGUACUACUCUUGUUUGCUUUCUGGAAAGGGGUCAGGAGAAUUCUGAUGUUCCCUUACCUCUGAACACUGGGAAACUCACGAAGCCGUACCUCUCGCUUCUGAGUUUUCAGCAAGCAUUCCUUUAAAAAAAGUUUGUAUAGCACAAUUAGCAGCAAUAAAACUAAACUACAUGAGAUUCUCAAGAAGCUGUUCUAUGCUCACUGCCACGUUGAUUGUCACGUCUGGCAUGACAUGGCCCUUUGUGGCUUGUUUCUGGAGUCAUAAAAUGCAGCUUGAAGUGCUUGUUGUCCAUAUGAACAGUCAACACUACAUGCAUUU